AUGGUGAACAGUUCACUAGACACGCUUUUGGCUCUUUUGCAAACCGAAGGAGCCAAGAUCGAGGAAGAAACGGAGAACAUGGCCGAUUCCUUCUUGGAUGGAUCGUUGCCUCUGGACAGCUUCGUUGAAUACCAGAGCAAGAGGACGCUGGCGCAUCUGAGGCAUGUGAAGAACGAUAAGCUACAGGAGAUGAUGGUGCUGAAGGGUGUUCAUCUUCCUCAGGGUUCCUGUAAUGAUCCUUCACAAGCUCAGGAGACCCUUAACUCCAGCGCACCUUUCCAAAGGCUAGCUAAUGGUUCUCCAGCUCAUGUAAGACCAUCAGCCACGUCACACCCUUACAACUCUCAGAGCAUCAGUGCUCCUCCGCCAAACAUGCUGCCGUCAUAUUCAUGUGGUCCAUACCCUCAAGGCCCCGGCGCUGCUCUUCCUCCGCAGGCAGGGUUUAUAAUGCAUGUUCUUCUGCCUGAUCUCUUCCAUUAG